CGUCCCGCACUUGCUGCCCGCGCGCUGUCCUGCGCUCCCCCUUCCACAGGGGUCUGGCGGCCGGGUCACACGGGGCGGGAUUUGGCCAUGGUCCUCGGCCCCUGCCAUGGAUGAGGGCGGGUCCCGCCUCCGCCGGCGGGUGUCUGUCCGCAAAAGGGACCGGCCGAGCCCAGGGAGCGGCCUGGCCGCCGGCAGCGCGGCCGAGCCCCGGCAGGAGCGGGAGGAGGAGCCGGGGGCCGGGAGCCGGCGGAGAAGGACCGCGGAGGUGCAGCCGCUCGAGAAUAAUGACAGUGAAGAGGACAUGUUCGGGGACUAUGACAACUUUGCUGAAAAUUCUUUUUUAGCUCAAGUUGACGACGUGGAACAACAAUAUAUGCAAGUUUCUGAACGUGGAAAACGUGCCGCAGGGCUUAGCACCGAAGGUCUUCCUUGGGAAAGCGGCGCCACUGCUGUAGGCAGCUUCGCGGAAUCGGAAACGGAUGAGCCCGUGAGGAACCCGAGCAAGCGUGAAGAUGUCUCUGCUGAACUUGGCAUUUUGGAUGACGUACCUUCUUCACAAGUGUUAUACUUUGAAAAUGUGCAGAACUCUGCAGAUGAUUUGGGCAGCCAGUGUACUGAAGAGAGGGAUUGGAAUGCAUCCUCUCUCAAGACUCUGAAUGAGGAAUUACCCCCGAAUAGCAUAGAACAGCACCAGCAAACUGGUGAUUCCUCUUCAAAAGUCAGAAGUGGUUCAGAAGAAAAUAGGAGAAAAAGUCUUAAAGAACAUCUAAAAAGUGUCAUGACUGGAAAUGCCAGGGCCCAAACACCAGUGUUUUCCAAAACUAAACAGCUCAAAGAGACUCUCCUAUCUGAAGAAAUUAGUGUUGCUAAGAAAACAAUUGAGUCAUCAUCAGAUGACCUUGGUCCUUUUUAUUCAUUACCUGGCAAAGUGAGAGACCUUUAUGUUCAGUUCAAGGGAAUUGAAAAAUUAUAUGAAUGGCAACAUACUUGCUUAACAUUGAAUUCUGUGCAAGAAAGAAAAAACUUAAUCUAUUCCUUGCCAACGAGUGGUGGAAAAACCCUUGUGGCGGAAAUUUUAAUGCUGCAAGAACUGCUUUGCCGGCGAAGAGAUGUUCUAAUGAUCCUACCAUAUGUGGCAAUUGUCCAAGAAAAGAUUUCAGGUUUGUCAAGUUUUGGUAUAGAACUGGGCUUCUUUGUUGAAGAAUAUGCUGGAAGCAAAGGAAAAUUUCCUCCAAUUAAAAGAAGGGAAAAAAAAUCUCUAUAUAUUGCCACUAUCGAAAAAGGACAUAGUCUGGUAAACUCCUUGAUUGAAACUGGAAGGAUUGGCAGUCUGGGUCUGGUUGUUGUAGAUGAGUUGCACAUGAUUGGUGAAGGGAGCCGUGGGGCUAUCCUGGAAAUGACCCUAGCAAAAAUUCUCUACACUAGCAAAACAACUCAGAUUAUUGGCAUGAGUGCAACACUGAACAAUGUUGAAGAUCUACAAGAGUUUCUUCAAGCGGAAUAUUACACCAGUCAGUUUAGACCAGUUGAAUUAAAAGAAUAUUUGAAAAUAAACGAUGCCAUAUAUGAGGUUGACGGCAGAGCUGAGAACGGCAUGACUUUUUCACGUCUCCUUAAUUGUCAGUAUUCUGAUACUCUGAAGAAGAUGGAUCCCGAUCACUUGCUAGCAUUGGUGACAGAAGUCGUUCCCAAUUAUUCCUGCUUAGUUUUUUGUCCCACUAAGAAGAACUGUGAAAACGUAGCAGAAAUGAUAUGCAAAUUUUUAAGCAAGGAGUAUCUGAAACACAGGGAGAAAGAAAAAUAUGAGGUGAUUAAGAACUUGAAGAGUAUCAGCGGUGGCAACUUGUGCCCCGUCUUAAAGCGCACCAUCCCCUUUGGUGUUGCUUACCACCACAGCGGUUUAACGAGCGACGAAAGGCGGCUCUUGGAGGAGGCAUAUUCCACGGGAGCUCUGUGCCUUUUCACCUGCACGUCCACCCUGGCAGCAGGUGUGAAUCUACCAGCUCGAAGAGUUAUUUUAAGAGCUCCCUAUGUUGCGAAGGAAUUUUUAAAGAGGAGUCAGUAUAAGCAGAUGAUUGGCAGAGCCGGCCGUGCUGGAAUAGAUUCUGUUGGGGAGAGUAUCCUUAUACUGCAAGAAAAAGACAGGCAACAGGUAUCAGAGUUAAUAAGCAGACCAUUGGAAAAUUGUUAUAGCCAUCUUGUUCAAGAAUUCACCAAGGGAAUCCAAACUUUGUUUCUCUCUUUGAUUGGUUUGAAGAUUGCAACAAGUCUUGAUGACAUAUGUCACUUUAUGGGUGGCACAUUGUUUGGUGUUCAGCAGAAGAUUUUGUUGAAGGAAAAAAGUCUGCGGGAAAUAACUGUCGAAUGGCUUAGAUACCUGACAGAAAAAGGACUUCUACAGAAAGACGCUGUUGAUAAGUCCAAAGAAGAGAUCGAAUACAGCUUUCAUAUUACAAAACUGGGACGAGCUUCUUUUAAGGGAACUAUAGAUUUGGCUUAUUGUGACAUUCUCUACAGAGAUUUGAAGAAAGGUCUCGAAGGUCUUGUGCUUGAAAGCCUUCUUCACCUAAUUUACCUAACAACUCCCUAUGAUAUGGCUUCUCAGUGUGUCCCUGACUGGAUGAUAUACUUCAGGCAGUUUAGCCAGCUCAGUCCAGCAGAACAAAAUGUAGCUGCUCUUCUUGGAGUCUCUGAAAACUUUAUUGGGAAGAAAGCAUCAGGUCAAGCUAUAAAAAAGGUGGACAAGGACAUUGUCAACAGACUAUACCUGUCUUUUGUUCUUUAUACCCUGCUCAAAGAGACCAACAUCUGGAGUGUGUCUGAAAAAUUUAAUAUGCCUCGAGGCUAUAUACAAAGUCUUCUCACCGGAGCUGCCUCAUUCUCCUCUUGUGUGCUGCAUUUCUGUGAGGAACUUGAGGAGUUUUGGGUCUAUAGAGCCCUUUUGGUAGAACUUACCAAGAAGUUGACUUACUGUGUCAAGGCAGAGCUGAUCCCUCUCAUGGAAGUGACUGGGGUUUUAGAGGUUAGUGGCUUCCCAGUUUCCCAACUGAGAUGAUUUCAACUAAAGAAAAGUCAGGUUUGACUAUUUUGUGAAGUCUUAUCACAAGGUAAAUAACAACAAUGGUCUUACUUCUCAUUUAUCAUGAGAGGUUGGUUGUGUGUGUGUUUCUUUAUUAAAUUGUUGUCAUGGCCUCCCAGAAAUCCGCUGUCGAUCUGGAAGAUGUUCUGACGAGAAAAAUCACAUUUGUGGAAAAACACAACAGUAGGGAUAAGAAUGAGACUCCCCGAGUAUAUGGUCCUUAGUUUCUCUUCCUUCCUCCACUCCAGCGGAGAAUUGCCUCCUGUCGGUGUAAACUCAGUGCUUGUCUCAGGAAGUGGUGGUUCGGGGGCAACAAGGCUUACUUCCAUUUCCUAAGGGAGUGAGAACCAAGUCUCCUCAACUGGUUUCUCAACUUUUUGUUUUUAGCCAGCUGUUGAUUUCAGCUUGUUCUGUUAUUCAGUCCUUCCGUCAGAAGCGUUCUUCUGCCUGGGAACAGGCCGAACAUGCACGCUCACGCACGCACCCCAGCAGUCCCCUGAGUAGUUGUGAAAACAUUUUAAGGAUAUUGCACUAGAACAUCUUGACUGGGCGUCUAAAAUAAUGCCCUUCACCUGAGCGCCUUGAUGAAUUCCUCAUUCCUGAUUGUAACGCGCAUUGGCCGACUUACGCCGCACAGAAAGCUGUCUUGCAGUCAGAUCGGGACUACCCAAAUUCAUAUUUUAAAACUUCUCUGGAUUCAGAUGUGUUAUCUCUUCAUAUUUAUUAUUACCUUAGUCUGUUUCUAUCUCUUGCAUGUGAAAUUUUUCCUUCAAUAAGACACUUGAUUAUUUUUUUCUAAUCCCAAAUUCUGACCCUGCUGAUUUGUGUAAUACAUUUUAGGGUCGAGCAAAACAAUUAUACAACGCAGGCUAUAAAAGUCUGACUCACUUAGCUAAUGCAAAUCCUGA